CCACACCACACUCAGCAAGCACCACCGCACGCACGUCUAUUCACAGACAGACGCGAGCCAUGCACGUGCUUGGCUGACCCGCGUAAACCGGCUCGUCCCACAAACACGCUGCUGCAUACAUGUCUUGGCGACGGCCUAGUCCUGGACCAUGGGCUUGGCAACACAGAAUGUCGGCGGCGAGGACCCUGUCACGGAGACCGCGUUGGCCGGCACGGCCGAGUCAACCCAAAGUAUAAAGAGUAAGUCUAAAUCCACGCUUAUUGACGCCGUUGGAACUCUCCUCUCCCAGGCCACCUCACCACCGCCGCUGCCCAUCCCUUCGCUCUGAGCUGUCUCCCCUUCGCCUCCUCCAAGAUGCGUUCUGCUCUCGCUCUGGCCCUCGGCCUCGUUGCCGCAGGUGCUGACGCUUUAGUCACCCGCGCGGCCAUUGACGCCUGCCUUGUCUCCUCUGGUGUCCCGAUCGACAUCCCCGGCAGUGAUGACUAUAUCCGCGACAUCGCGCCCUUCAACAUCCGCCUGCCGUACAUCCCCACGGCCAUUGCGCGCCCGUCCACCACGGCCCACAUCCAGAAGUCGGUCCAGUGCGCCAACAAGCUCAACGUCAAGGUCUCGGCCAAGUCUGGCGGCCACAGCUACGCCUCCUUCGGCUUCGGCGGUGAGAAUGGGCACCUCGUCAUCGAGCUUGACCGCAUGAUCAACGUCACGGCCUACAACGCCAAGACUGGUGUCGCCCACGUCCAGCCCGGUGCCCGUCUCGGCCAUCUCGCCACCGUCCUGUACGAGAAGUACGACCGUGCCAUCUCUCACGGCACCUGCCCCGGUGUCGGCAUCUCUGGCCACUUUGCCCACGGUGGCUUUGGCUUCAGCUCGCACAUGCACGGCCUGGCGGUCGACUCGGUCGUCGGUGCCACUGUUGUCCUCGCCGACGGCCGUAUCGUCGAGGCCUCUGCCACCGAGAACGCCGAUCUCUUCUGGGGCCUCAAGGGUGCUGGCUCCAACUUUGGCAUCGUCGCCACCUGGAAGCUCGUCACCUUCCCUGCCCCCAAGCUCCUCACCCGCUUCGGCAUCACCCUCAACUGGAACAAGACCACUGCUGUCAAGGGUAUCGAGGCCGUCGAGGACUACGCCCGCUGGGUUGCUCCCCGCGAGGUCAACUUCCGCAUCGGCGACUACGGCAAGGGCAACCCGGGCAUCGAGGGCCUCUUCUACGGCACUCCUGAGCAGUGGAGAGCCGCUUUCCAGCCUCUGCUCAACACUCUGCCUGCUGGCUACGUUGUCCAGACCCCGACGACCCUGAACUGGAUCCAGUCUGUGCUCAGCUACUCCAACUUUGACCACAUUGACUUCAUCACUCCCCAGCCUCAAGAGAACUUCUACGCCAAGAGCUUGACCCUCAAGACCAUCAAGGGCAAGGCCGUCCAGAACUUUGUCGACUACUACUUCGAUGUCGCCAACAAAGUCGUCGACCGCUUCUGGUUCUACCAGCUCGACGUCCACGGUGGCGCCAACUCGCAGGUGUGGAAGGUGACCAACGCCGAGACCGCCUACCCCCACCGCGACAAGCUCUGGCUCAUCCAGUUCUACGACCGCUACGAGAACAACGAGACCUACCCGGACACCUCGUUCAAGUUCCUCGACGGCUGGGUCGACUCGGUCACCAAGGUCACCCCCAAGUCCGACUGGGGCAUGUACAUCAACUAUGCUGACCCCCGCAUGGACCGCGACACCGCCACCAAGAACUACUAUGGCGUCAACCUGCCCAAGCUCCAGAAGCUCAAGGCCAAGUUCGACCCCACUGACCGCUUGUACUACCCCCAGGCCGUCCGCCCCGUCAAAUAGACGGCGUGAUAUAGAGAUGGACAGCUGGAAAGCGAUACGCGGAGGACAAAGUUUGCGCAGUCUCGAAGCUUGUCAGUCGGGCUGCGCGACCUGGAUAACGAGUGAGCGAGCGUGUGUGUGUGUGUGUCAUUAGAAGCAAACCCAUCUCCUUGAGUAGGCGAAAAUGGAUGUAGAUGUUCUUGGAAAAAUAAGCCUGUAUCGUCCUACCGUCUAUAGUACUCGUCGCGCUGUCAGCUUGGAGGCGUAUACUAAGCAUGUGUCUGAAAUGCGUCUUGUCAAUAGUAAAUAAACACACGUGUUGGCUCUCCUAGCAUCCAAUCAUGCACAAUAUCGAGAACUUGGCCAGGUGAUGCUGAGAAAAAGAAAGAAUAGGAACAAAGAGAUCA